GUAGAACGCUAUAUUAUAUACUACUGUAUCUGAUCUGGAUAUUUCACCCUUGCGUUUUUCUCUGAAGUAAUAAGUUUGCUUAUAUGUAUUCUGUGUAUCAUUGCGUAACCCACUUCGAGUUUUGGUGAUGAAGUGUUUUUGAGUUGUCGAUGGCAAAACGGGCACAACUUUUAAGCUCUAUGAAGAAUUCUUACUUGCUCUAAACUAUUUGCAGGUUGUUUAUGCUUUAGGUCAUGGUGUUACUGACUUAGUGUUAUCGUUGGAUUUAUUUAUUGUACUUAGAAUGUGAGGAUGGAUAUCGUUUUAACAACUGAAUGUUUCUCAUUGAUAUGUGAGUACUUGUUCUCGUAUAAUUCAUGUAAUAAGAUGCAAUUAUCAUGUAAUAGAUAUAAAUUUAUCGUUCUGUUUGUCAUUUUAUUUCAUAAUCGUAGGUUGAAUUGACUUCCUUUUUUGGCGAAUUUCGGAAAAAUGUAUUGAAUUACGCCUUUAUGAUGUACUAAAAAAGCUGUUUUUAUUGUCAGCGAAAUGGUGGUGUUCAUCAGGUAGAGAUGCAUUAUUAAUAACAUCAGUAAUUUCUGCUUUGUUUUCGUUCAUUAUCUUACGUAUAUUAUUUAGCCUGGAUUGAAACAAUAAAAGUAGCCGCUAUACCAAGCUGCAUCUGAAUAAUGGUCACUUUUAAAAUGACCGGAGAAAGAUGUAGUGCCAAUACAUGAAGUUACUGACUUCUAUUCUUCUGAGUUGUGUAGGUUACCUUGGUAUGUCGGUGGUCGUCUGUCGAAGAAGUGGUUUUCGAGUAGCACUGAACUUAGUCAUCCUAUAUAUCCUUAAAACAUGAACAUUGAAUUUGACUAUCCUGCUAAGUUUUUAUCUAUUCGACCACAUUUACUGUCGUAAAUUUAGUGUAUGAACAAGGUGGUUGGGAGAAGUUUCAGGGUUGCCAAGUCAGGAAAUGAAACUAUAAGUAAUAUCCCAGACCCUGUGGGGAAACAUGAAAUCUCUUGUAUGUGAAACAGUUAAUAAUCAUAACUGGUAAUCAGUCGCGGUGAAGAUGCAUCUGCACCUACUUUCCAUCUGCACCUCGUAACCAUCAUUAAGGACACCUGUGUUCCUUUUUUUGCUGUUUGUGUUAUCAUUGUUUUGAUUCCUUUGUCCUCCCCUUUGUUAAUUUUCUCGCGCUGAAAUACCGUCACGCGUGUCAAUUUUGUCUUGUAUUCCAUUGUGCGAAGUUUUAUGUUAUUGGUGUCUGUUUGAUUCUAAAGUAGUAGCAUAUAUAUUCUAGUUUUGAGAUAAAUAUUUGGAAUUUAGCAUGUUGGUUUCUUGGUCUAACUUACAUUCGUGUUGUCUUUAUGCUUCGAUAGGGACAAUUUUCCUCUCCUCUUUUCGUUUGUCUGGGUUGUCACUUCCGUGUUCAUUUUUUAAGCGGUUUAUGUUUGUAUCUUCUCUUGGGUAGUUUUUGUCUAUAGCAAAUAGGGAGUAAUACCAUGCUGUUAUAUUUCUACUGUGACAAGUGGUAAAGGAUGGUCAUUUUUAAUACUGUGAUGGAACUUCAGGUGUAGAAUGAAUGUAAAAGAUCCCAUUCAUUUUUAUUCUCCUGGUUAUAAUCAGAAUCCUAUUCAUGAUUUACUUUUUGUUUACAUUCCUAAGAAUUUCAUUUUGGAAUCAUAUGGUUGUAUUUCUUUUUCGGAUCAUCAUUUAGUUUUGGGUUUGAAAUCUACCUAUCGCUUUGACGAUGAUGUACUUCCAUUUCAUAAUCAUUUACAAAAAUUGGUCUGAGCAUUGGUGAAAUCAAAAUGUUCUAUUAUGAACAAACAUAAAUAUAAUCCAGUGUGGCUUAACAACAAUAGGCGUAUGCAUGCGCAAUACAGGCUGGAAAAAAGCCCGAGGUGACCAGACUAAAACAUGACACGAAUGUAUGAAGUCUUCGACUGUUGGUUUGAGCCAUGUGGGGUGAUGCAGACUAGUCGGUUGGGGUCCGCCGGACAAGAGGAACCAGUGGUUGGAGACUCUAGGUGAUAUGGCUCAGAACCGAUGUCAGUGGCGCAGAUGUAUACAUACAUUAUCUUCAUCUUAACGACGCUAAACCGAAUCUCACCAUUUUCUCAUUCUUCCUUUCUCUCUUUUUGUACUUUAUAUUUCUUUUGACUGAAUUUUCUUAUCUUCAUCUUGCGCCUCACUGCCUUUUUACUUGAUGUAUUGGUAUGAGCUGUGGCAACUCGGAUCGUUACGCAGUAAUGCCUGGUCC